ACAAGUGAUGACUGCCUUGGGUGAAGUGUAGCACCCGUCCAGACAGGGUUACAUCAAGGCUCGGCGUGGAAACCAUGCAAGAACUGAGCGUUUGCUGAAGACUCAUCGCGAUUGAAGCCGCUGCCUGAUUAAACGACGGUGGUUUCAAGGCUUCUUGAGGAUACCUGCUGGAUUUUUGUCCCCCCACCCUCUUUCCACGGUCAAUCCCAGAUGGACGCAUUCUCCCACUCGACAAUUGAGAGUGGAGCAGCCUGAAGAGAGAGAGAUCAUCUUUAAUUCCCGGCAACUUUACCAAUUCUCCGACGUACAGGAUACACACUCAGUCACCAAGCUUGCGGGACUGUUGUCGAGGUAACCAGGAGGGAAAAGAGACACAAGCGUCUUGAAUUGCGCACUGGGUUGUGAGGUGAAAUCUAAUCAGAUCCAGCAGGGUCGAUGACUAAGAAGUAACGGGGACUUUCAAGAAGAAAAAAAAGUUGGCAUUGGAAACAUUUGAAUAACCUCACCUCUGCUGUAUACAGUCCAACGAAGGUGCUUUUCAAGAUCUGUGCGCCUGGAAAUUGACCGCAUGACGCUCUCCUUGCACGUUGUGGAGAGACUACUUUUUUUAAAACAUUAGAUUUUGACCGGAGAGAAAAAGAAAACGCGUGUUACUUCGCAGUGAUCCGGCUCAUCAUUUGGAGAAAACCCGGAACCACAGUUGUGUAUCCAGACCUUUCGCAUCGGGAGAGUUUCAACACUGGCACUUGUGGGUGCCUGCGCGUUCUGUGCGUCCUGAGGGGGGUGAAAGGGAAGGAGAUAUCGGAUGCUUAUUAUCACCACUGUGAGAGUUAAUCGCAAGGCAUCCGGACUGAUGUGUGGAUUACAUACAACGUCGCUUUGAGAGAGGGGGACGCGAUGUGUCUGACAAGAAAGUGUCACCGCGGAUUCUGCACAAUCGCCUGAGAAUUGCGGAUGUUUUGUCGAUGCAGUUUUUUGGGGAGGGAGCAGAAGAGGGACCACUCCUGCAGACCUCGGCGUCUCCGUGAACAAGGCCUGACUUACGGUGGAUUGGUUGUGAACAUGAGGAUGAUCAGAACGCCUUGGAACUGUGAUUGAAUUGGCAGUGGGCCCAAAUCCUCUUUCCAAAGAGUGGAAGACCAGUCAACGAAUUAUGAAUGUUAAACAAGAUGACCUCCUAUCAGCAGCAGCAGAUGAUGCGAGGUCCUAGGUGGAACCGGGCCUUGUCCGACCCUUUGCUCGUGCUGCUUCUGGCCCUCCAGCUGCUGGUGGUGGCAGGGCUGGUACGUGCUCAGACGUGCCCCUCUGUCUGCUCCUGUAGUAACCAGUUCAGCAAAGUCAUCUGCACCCGCCGGGGCCUGCGGGACGUCCCCGAUGGCAUCUCGACAAACACGCGCUACCUGAAUCUGCAAGAAAACCUCAUUCAGGUCAUAAAGGUGGACAGCUUCAAGCAUCUGAGACAUCUGGAGAUCCUGCAGCUGAGCAAAAACCACAUACGCAAAAUUGAGCUGGGUGCCUUCAAUGGACUGGCCAGCCUCAAUACCUUGGAGCUUUUUGAUAACCGCCUCACCACCAUCCCAAACGGGGCAUUUGAGUACCUGUCCAAACUUAAGGAGCUUUGGCUGAGGAAUAACCCCGUGGAGAGCAUUCCCUCCUAUGCUUUCAACAGAGUGCCCUCAUUACGGCGGCUGGACCUCGGGGAGCUCAAGCGGCUCUCCUACAUUUCUGAGGGGGCCUUUGAAGGGCUGAGCAAUCUACGCUACUUAAACCUGGGAAUGUGCAAUCUGAAGGAAAUUCCCAACCUUAUUCCCCUGGUGAAGCUGGAUGAACUGGAGAUGUCGGGGAACCAGCUAUCUGUCAUCCGGCCUGGCUCUUUUAAAGGACUCAUCCAUUUGCAAAAGCUGUGGAUGAUGCAUGCCCAGAUCCAGAUCAUAGAAAGGAACUCUUUUGAUGACCUACAGUCGCUAGUGGAGCUCAAUCUAGCCCACAACAACCUUACCCUGUUGCCCCAUGAUCUCUUCACUCCUUUACAUCACCUGGAGAGGGUGCACUUGCACCACAACCCCUGGAAUUGUAACUGUGACAUCCUCUGGCUGAGCUGGUGGCUCAAAGAGAUGGUCCCAGCAAACACUAGCUGCUGUGCCCGCUGCAGCUCACCCACCCACCACAAGGGACGGUACAUUGGUGAGCUGGACCAGAACUACUUUCACUGUUAUGCUCCUGUUAUUGUGGAGCCUCCCACAGACCUAAAUGUGACAGAGGGGAGCGCUGCAGAGUUGAAAUGCAGAGCCAGCUCCCUGACCUCUGUAAGCUGGAUUACGCCGAACGGCUCCGUCAUGACACACGGAGCGUACAAGAUCAGAAUCUCUGUGCUGAAUGACGGCACGCUGAACUUCACUAAUGUCACCAUGCAGGACACAGGCACAUAUACGUGUAUGGUCAGUAAUUCUGCAGGUAACACGACAGCCUCCGCCACACUCAACGUGUCCUCGACAGAGAACAGCAGCUUCAGCUACUUCACCACGGUAACAGUGGAGACCAUAGAGACGCCACACAAUGAAGGCUUCACCACCAGUGUGCAGCAGAAGGUGGGCCCCACCCCCUCAGCUGGGGCAUGGGAGUCCGUUUCAGCCACGUCAACGACGACCACCACGUUGCGGACCACGCUCUUCACCCGCGCCACGGAGAAGACUUACACGAUCCCCGUCACGGAGCUGGGCGGGGAUGGCUUACUCAACGGCUUGGAUGAGGUGAUGAAGACGACCAAGAUCAUCAUCGGCUGCUUCGUUGCGAUCACGCUGAUGGCCGCCGUCAUGUUGAUUAUCUUCUACAAGAUGCGCAAACAGCACCACCAGCAGAACCACCACGCACCCACACGCACUAUUGAGAUCAUUAACGUGGACGAGGACUGCGUAACAGGGGGCCCGGGCAUGGAGGGCCACCUGACUCUGCCUCCUCUUGAGCAUGAGCACCUCAACCACUAUAACACCUACAAGAGUGCGUACAACCAUGCCACUAUGAACUCCAUACACAGCUCAGCGCACGAACCUUUGUUAAUCCGGGCCAGCUCAAAAGACAAUGUACAAGAGACCCAAAUCUAAUACUUUUUUCUUUUUCUUUUGCAAAAUGAGACAUUAUAAAACUGAUGGAAUUACAUAAAACUUGACUGACAGGACAUUACUGAUGACUGGACGUGAGGAUUACGGCUCAAACGUGGAGAUAACAGACUCGCGUUUUGGCAAAUCAGUGGCUGGUGGUGUUUGUUCAUUGACUUUUGGGAUUAGGGUAUGUCUACUGUUUCAAAAAGUGUCUUUACAAAACAGAAGUUAUUUAUUUAAGAAAAAAAUAUUGUGGUUAAAUCAAGAAAAACUGUAUUCUGCAAUUAUUUUUUCAGCACUUCAUGUCUUUCUUUUCUCCCUCUCAUUUCAUGGGUUUGGUUUACUAAUAUGCUUUGAAAUGCUUUGGAGGCAUCUGUCAAAGAAAAUGUUGAAGCAAAUUAUUUAUUUUUUUUAUUUUUUUCCCUGUAAACUGCAGACUUCAGGAUCGGAUGAGAUAGAAACCUCGUUUUCCCCACGUGUGAAAGGAAUCUAGAGCACAUUACUGAUUUUCUCCAGCUGUGAAUUAAGUGAUGAAAUCUUUGUGACCAUCUGUAACCAAGAUGAUUUGUUCAUUGUUUCCCGGUGAUUGACAGAACUGUCGGUGACGAAAUUUGGUCAUAAUUCACGACUUAAUUAUAUCUCUUACAUACAUAUUAGGCACUCUGCACUGUCAUCCGUAGACUGAAGAUCCUUAAUGAGUGGAAUACGUCCUGAUUCUGCUCCUGUGCAAGUCAAGGCUCGGUAUUAAAAGCAUAUUUGAGUUCAAAUUAAAUUCUAUAGAUAAACUAUGAAAGAAACAUUUGUCUUUGUGUGCAAGUACAAAUUUAUCCCCCAUGUCCACUUGUUUUGACUCAAAUCCCAAGCAUCUCAGAGACCUGAUAACGAAAAGGAAAAAGUCACUACUUGUGUUAAGACCAAUUCUGAUCUCUGGGGGUCGUGAUACAGGAGCAGCACUAAUGGGUUCUUUAGAAUUAAGACGAUUGUUACUAAAAAUAUAAAUAAAGAUGUAAAAAUCUAAAGUCCUGGAAAAUAAUCUCAACCUCUGGUAAAGGUUCACUGUCUCCGAAUAUUCCAAGUGUAUAAUGGCCUCCCCUUUCACGUAGGAUGCUUUGAAACUGCUGCUGCAUGUGAAGACGAUUGCUUUGAAGCCACCUUUUCAUGCUGGGGACCCCUUUACCUCAUCCGCAGCACUGCAGGACAGAGUGCUGUCAGAAGCAGGCCGGUGAGCCGGAGAAGGAGCGUAAACCCUUUAUACAGCUGUCCGAGCACAUUGCCUGUCAUCUGUGUGCCACAUUUCCGCAUGGGCAGUGCCUGGCAGUCCCAGAUUCACACCCUGCCCCUGCCAACCACAGGACUUGGCCCCCGAGCGGGAGGGCUUAUGCUGCAAGAAGCUUUGGGGGUGAAUGUGUGGGAUCGGGCAUCAACCAGAUGUGUGGGUUGCAUCUGUCUCUCCCCCCCUCCCCCCCCUUAGCGACAACAAGAUUUCCAUUUUAAUUGAUGUGCCCAUGGGUUUUGGAUGGACACAGCUCCGCAGGCGCCCAUACCUUGGAAACCAUUUCAAAGUCCCCACCAUUAGAACGGUGCCAGGCGGCAGAAAUUAGGUUAUAGAGGUUAUGCAGACAUUUGUCAGAUUCUCCAGGUUUUAUUUUUAGCAGAUAAGUGCAGCUUUGGUCCCCCGACAGUAAAAAUGCGACAAAGAGCUUGUUAUUGUCAUGUUUCAUUCAGAUUUGUCUUUUACAUUAUAUUGUAGGUUUAAGUUACAGUGAGGACGUAUACAGAGGAGAAUACCUCAUAAAAAAUACUGUUACAGAUAGUGACAUGAAUUUCUUUUGUGGAAUCACGAUGCAAAGCACUAUCCUGAAAAAUUGGAAGUGGUACUGCACCCAAAAACAAGAGGAAGUUGUGGGUUUUGGAUGUUCUUACAUCUUGGGUCUGAAAGGUUUCCACAGUAGUAAUAAAUUAUCGACCAUGAAAUCUGCAAACAAUUUUUGCUGCAUAAUUAACAUCUCAUUUGUUUGCUCCAGACAGGACAGGUUUAAACUGGCAAAAUAUAAUAUAUAAUAAUACAAAUUAACAAAACAACGUCAUUGGAUGGACAUAAACUUACAUGAAGUGAGUGCAUCCUACUCAAAAAACCUAAAAGACAAAUAUGCUUCCUCCUGUAGCUUCCUGUUUUAGCAUAUUCCAAGUACUGGUGAGAAUUAAAAAAAUGAUCAGUACCAGUUCUUCCUAGAAUCUCAUUUCUUGGGUAUGAAAAGACUUGAAUGAAACAAGAUAAUAAUCUAAAGCCCUACUCCUACAGGACUGGUAUUACCUUGGGUCCUCCUGUGAUAUGUGAUGCAAUAAUUGCAUAUGUUAAUAAUCCAUAUCUACAACCUGUUAAGUGAAAACGCUGCAGCAAAUUACCUUUCCAUGUUUUGCCUGAUACACUGGUCAUUCAACAUUGGUCAUUUGUGGAACAUGUAUUUUGUCUCAUUCUACAUCCCCCUAGAUUUACCUUCCAAGGAAAAUUCUAAUUGGUUAUGAUGGAGGCUGUUGUGGAAAUGAUCAGUGGGAAAAUUGAGUGCGUCUGUAGUUACUCUGUAUGGAAAACAAAUUGUACGUUUCAAUAUGAUUUUAUGAUCAAGACAAUUCUAAAUCAAAUUCAAAUGUAUCACAACAUUUGUAUUAUCUCUGAAAGUGUGGAGGGCAGAUUCCUAAAGAACAAGAGGUCCCAAAGUGAUUUUAGUCCAAACCCAAUGACAUGACUCUGGCCCUAUGACACCAUUCACCCAAUAAUUGCACUUCUUUGGAGUCUGGCACGUUUGUAAACCAUCGACCGCGGAUGUGUGUCAUUAAGUCUGUGUUUAAGUUCCCGGUGACGGGAUGUGGAUCACAGUUCUACUCAGUUGACAUAAGAGAGUGUAACCAUCUUCCCCUUUUUUGCCUUUAGUUGGAGGUAAAUCGUCUGAAAAUUUAAAUGGUAAAUUAGUUGCAUUUUAGUCGAGCUGUCUCAUGUAUGUAAGAUAUCUAAAUAUUUUUGGUCAAUGUUCUUUUUUUUUCCCACAUUAUUUUAUUUUAUUUUUCCGAGAGGGAAUGCUGUUCUAGUUGUAGAUUUAUAUUUAAAACAAAAAAAAAAAUCAUUUUGAGAAUAAAACUAAACAAAAACAAUUUUUUUUUAAAUUUUGAUUUUACAUGUGCCAACAACCUGUUCUAAAAGUGAAAAAGAGAAACAUGCUGUAAAAGAAUAAGAGAUUGAUUUUCAUGUAAGCAUUCUUUCAUGACCUUUAAAAAGAUAUGGAGAUCGAUUAUAGAGACCAGAGUUUGUAGUUCAUACACAAAAUAUGGUUAAAAUAAACUAUUGUUGUUUUUCUGUA